AAUCAAAGAAGGAGACUUCGGUUAUUUUAUUUCGAAAAAAAAUAAAAAAUCCAAAUACGAAGCGAAACCGAAAAAAACCAAAAAUAAUUGUCUACGGAGCUGAGAGAGAGAGAGAGAGAGCGACAGUGAGACAGUAGAACUCCGACGACUUUCUCUGUUCGAUGCUUCAAUCCAUUACAGAAGCUUUGAAAUUUAGUGAGGAUGUGCACGUGAAGAGACUGGCUUUCUAUAGAUUUAAAUUUGAGCUAAAUUGAUCAUGGGUGCAGAAGACACAGCAAAAAUUACUGUUGAAAAUACAAAAGAUGAAGCCAAAGGAGAAGAUUUAAAAACAAAUACAGUUGAGACUGUGACUGUGGAAAAUGGAAACAGUAAAGAAGAUAAAAUGAAAAACAGUGUUGAAACCGUGGAAAAUGGAACAAAUGAAGAUGACAAAAUGAAAAAUACCAUUGAGACUGUGACAAAUGGAACCAAUGAACUGGAGAAAAUCAACGAGAUUGUGCCUAAGGGGGAGGAAAAUGGAGUGAAAGAAACAGAAAUUGAGAAGGGUGUUGUUGAGGCAGAGGUCACGAAAAUGGGAGAAGAACCUAAAAUCAAGGAAGAUAAGGAAAGCAAUGCAGAAAACGUGAAGGAUGAAAAGGAGGAAGCUAAAAUUCAGGCAAUGGACGAAGAUGCGAAUCCAAAUGCUAAGAACGAUGAACAAAAUGUGGAUAUCAAAGAUGCAGACAGUGUAGAUGUCAAAGAUGACAAGAAUGAGAUUGCCAAAGAUGGAGAAAUUGAGGGUGCCAAAGAUGAAGAAAUGGAGGAUGCCAAAGAUGAAGAAAUGGAGGAUGCCAAAGAUGAAGUAACUGAGAGUGGCAAAGAUGAAGUAACUGAGGAUGCCAAAGAUGAAGUAACUGAGGAUGCCAAAGAUGAAGUAACUGAGGAUGCCAAAGAUGAAGUAACUGAGGAUGCCAAAGAUGAAGUAACUGAGGAUGCCAAAGAUGAAGGAACUGAGGAUGCCAAAGAUGAAGUAACUGAGGAUGCCAAAGAUGAAGGAACUGAGGAUGCCAAAGAUGAAGGAACUGAGGAUGCCAAAGAUGUAAUUGAUGAUGCCAAAGAUGGGGUAGAGAAGGUUGACAGCCAUAUGGAAGAGGAUGACAAGGAAAUGAAGGAUAAAGAUCCCAACGAAGAAAAAACAAAAAAAGGAAGAAGGAGAAAGGGUGCUAUUAAAUCAAAAGGAAACAAAGAAGAGGAUGAAAAGGAGGAGGCAGAGAUCAGGACUCCCAUUGUUGAUCGCCCUGUACGUGAGCGUAAAUCAGUUGAAAGGUUGGUGGCAUCUAUAGAAAGAUAUGCUGUGAAGGAAUUCCAUAUCGAGAAGGGUCGUGGUACUCCACUUAAAGAUAUACCCAAUGUGGCAUUCAAAUUAUCAAGGAAGAAGACAGAUGACAUCUUCAGGCUGCUUCAUACAAUUCUAUUUGGAAGGAGAGGAAAGGCAUUUCAGAUUAAGAGCAACAUAUCCAGGUUUUCAGGUUUUGUGUGGCAUGGAGAUGAGGAGAAACAAAAGAAUAAAAUCAAAGAAAAAUUUGACAAAUGUAAUAAAGAGAAAUUAUUGGAAUUUUGUGAUGUGCUAGAUAUUCCUGUUGUGAAGGCCACCACAAGGAAGGAAGAUAUUAUUGGCAAGCUCAUAGAAUUUUUAAUAGCUCCUCAUUCUACAACUACUGUCCUCCUUGCUGAAAAAGAAAAGUCGAGCAAGGGUAAAAAGCGUAAACGAGCAGUGAAAGGAGGAAUAUCAACUCCUGGAGACAGUGGCUCAAAAAGUUCAGCAAAGAGUUGUAGAAAAAGGGGGAAUAGUGCAAGAUCUGAGAUGACAAAAGAUUCAAGCGAUGAAGAUGAUGAGUCAGAAGAAGAGAAGGAAGCAGAAGAAGAGAAGGAAGCAGAAGAAGAGAAGGAUGCAGAAGAAGACAAUGACAAGGAGAAUGAGAAUGAGAAUGGAACCACAGAAAAAUCUGAUGAUGAAGUGUCAGAGCAGCCAGAAAGUGAAGAUAUCAAUGACCCAACUGAUGAAUCUGAGGAAGAAAGACCCAGAUCAAGUACAAAAAGUUCAUCAAAAAGGAAACGAUCUGUGGGAAAAGCAAGAAGCAAGAAAGUUGCAGGUUCCAAUAAAUCUGAAUCAGCAAAAUCUUCAGCAAAGAAGUCAUCAGCAAGUCGUGCUAAGGUUGAUGAUAAUGAUGCUAGUCCAAAGGUAUUCUCUAGGAAGAAGAAUAGUGAGAAAGAGAGCAAGGCCUCUACACCAACAAAAUCUGCUAACAAGGAGAAACCUGGGAAAAAGGUUGUGAAAGGGAAAGAUAAUAAGACCAAGGAGGAGAAAACAAGGCCAAGUGAUGAUGAGCUCAGGGAAGCAAUAUGUGAAAUUCUUAAAGUAGUUGACUUUACGACGGCCACCUUCACGGACAUUCUGAAGCAGCUUGCUCGGCAAUUCAAGAUGGAUCUCACCACACAAAAGUCAUCGAUAAAACUCAUGAUCCAAGAAGAGCUGACAAAACUGGCAGACGAAGCAGAAGACGAAGAAGACGGAGGCGAUGCUGAGAAGGAUGGUAAACAGGGAGCAUCAGGUAAAGAGGUGGAAACUUGAGUCCAAGAGUGUUGGCCCUGGGAUUUGUCUAACAAUAUAUUGAAAAAUCCGUCAAAAAAUGAGUCAUGUUGUAAAGGUGGAUGUAAUUUAUUUGUUUUUAUGAUAAUCAUGUUUACUGCUAAUGAAAAGGUUAGUGUUUUUAUUAGAAAACAAGGUUAGUUGUUACUUUAUAUAGGUGUUGCAAAUAUUGCACCUUCUUUUUAUACUGACAUAUAAAAUCUGUUGGGAAUAAUAAUUCCAUGAAUAUAUAUACUGACCAUUAAGGAAGUGGAAGUGGAAGUGGAAGUGGAAGUGGAAGUGGAAGUGGAAGUGGAAGGGGUUGCUUAGCCUUCAGGUGGUUUUAGGCCUUGUAAAAUUAUUCCCUAUUUUCAUCUUUUUGGCUUUGCCAUGUUUUUAAAUGCUCUUCA